AUUUCCAGAAAGAAGCAAGUAAGUUGGAGAGCGCAGGAGAGCUCCUAUCUAGACGGAUUUUGCCCAGGAAACCUUCCUAAUCCCGUUAUCAGUGAUAAAUAACGUGAAUUACCCAACCCAGCAACCUUGAGAUGGAGCAGAAAAUGCAAGAACUGAAGAAAGACGUCGAAGAACUCAAGCUGCUACAAGAGCAAGCGGUUCGGGUGCGCGUCAAGGAUGCCCUAAGUCUGGAGAGGAGGAAGUUAGAAAUUGAACUCUCGACACUGCAGCAGAAUCUGAUCAACAGCAGCGCUUCAGCUUCCACUGCAUCUUCCGGCCCCAGAAGAUACGUUGUGGAGUUGACGAACUACGCGUUCGACCAGAGCGAUGCCUUCGUGAAGCUCUUCGUGACCCUGGACGGCGUGCAGACAGUGCCUGAGGAGGGAGUGACUGUAACCUUUACGGAAAAGUCGCUGGAACUGAGAGUGUCUGAUCUCAAUGGAAAGGAUUACAGUCUCGUGGUGAAGAAUCUCUUGGAGGCCAUCGUCGUGGAGAAGAGCUACAGGAAGAUCAAGACGGAUAUGAUUGCUCUCUACCUGAAGAAGGUGAAGCCAGGCAAGAAAUGGGAUUGUCUCACGAGCACCGAGAAGAAAGUGAAGGAUAGUAAGAACAGCGCCUUUUCUAUGGACGAUGACGCAGACUCUAAAGACCCGUCAGCAGGCCUCAUGAAUAUGAUGAAGAAGAUGUACGAAUCUGGAGAUUCAGACACUAAGAGAAUGAUCGCGAAAGCAUGGACCGAAGCUCAAGAGAAGCGCGACGGUAAUAUGCCAAUGCCGCCAAUGCCAGAACUGUAAGCAGAAACGUUCCAAUUCCGAGUAAAUACAACUUUAUUGUAAGCCCUA